AUGGGAUUGGUUUGUUUUAAAGAAGGUCCUUAGGUAGUACUUGGUGCUGAUCCAAUAGAGCAAAGAGAUGAAGAGGAAGAGAAUGAAGAAGUGAUUUCUGAGUAUCCUUCACAAGAUGAGAACGGUAAAAAGAUAUCAUUAAAUCAAUUUAUAAUGUUAAGAGUAUUAACUUUGGUUAAUUUAAGAAUUUAGGAAAGGGUAGUUAUGGAAAAGUAAUGUUAGUUUAACAUACAGUUUCAUUGAAAUUAUAUGCAAUGAAAGUGUUAAUAAAGAAAGCAGUUAAAACAUAAACAUAGAAAAAACAUGUUCAAACAGAAAGAAAGGUUCUAGAAAUAACAAAUCAUACUUUCAUUACUAAAUUAUACUAUGCUUUUUAGACAUAAACCAAAUUAUAUUUGAUUAUGGAAUUUGUAUCAGGAGGAGAAUUAUUCUAUCAUCUUAAAUUAAAAGGUAGAAUGACAGAAAAAAAAAUGAAAUUCUAUGCUGCUGAAAUAUUAAUUGGAUUAGAUUAUUUACAUAAAUAAAAUAUUAUAUAUAGAGAUUUAAAACCAGAAAAUAUUUUAUUAGAUUCAGAAGGACAUAUAAAAUUAUGUGAUUUUGGAUUAUCUAAAAUAUGUUCUUGGGGUGAUAUGUAUGCUAAAAGUAUUUGUGGAACUUUUGAAUAUAUAGCUCCAGAGAUUAUUCUAGAAGAAAUUUAUACUAAAUCUUGUGAUUGGUGGACCUAUGGAGCUUUAUUAUAUGAUAUGUUGACUGGUAAACCUCCUUUUUAUUAAUUAACUAAAAAUUAAAUAAAAGAAUAUGCAAUAGGAAAAGAUAUAGAGAUUCCAAAUUAUUUAUCUGAAGAAGCAAUAGAUUUAUUAAAAAAAUUAUUAAAUAGAAAUCCAGAUAAAAGAUUAGGUGGAUAAAGAGGUGCUCAAGAAAUUUAUGAACAUCCUUUUUUCAAAGAUGUUGAUUUCUAAAAAAUUGAAAGAAAAGAGAUUGAACCUCCAUUUGAAAUGUAAAAUGAAAGACCUUUCAAAUUUUUUGAUCAAAAUCUAAUAAGAAAAAGCAGUGUAAAUGAUACACCAGUCAAUGAGUUGGGAAGAUUUCAGGAAUUCUCUAAUUUCACAUACAAUGGAGAUCAAUUGUCUAGUGAAUAUAAUUAACUAUUAAUAACUCAAUGA